AACCCACCAACCGAGUUACACUUCCACAUCAUCGACGAGUCCGGAGGUUUCGCUCGAUUUGUUCAGAGAUUGUUUUGGCGGUACUCACAUUUGCUGCACCCUUUUUUUUACAUCUACUUCUACAGCUGCGAGAGCGCGGUAGACAAAGUCUGGCGGAUCGGCGACGUUGUGGAGAGAAAAAGUUGGUUAGGUCUUGUGGUGCGAUUGACACGCGAAGAUGGCUUCUCAGGCGCAGUUGAAGAAGCAGCAAGACUUGCAGGCUACAUAUGGCAAUUACAAGAGCACGUUGCAGGCGCUUGCGCAGAAGAUUGGAGAUAUCGAGCAGAAUCAGGAGGAGCACAAACUUGUCCUAGAAACCCUGGAGCCACUCCCCGGCGACCGCAAGUGUUUCCGCAUGAUCAACGGAGUACUCACAGAGCGCACGGUCAAGGAGGUAGUUCCGAUCCUCAAGACCAACUCUGAUGGGCUGAAGAAGACUCUUGAGGAGCUUGUCAAGCAGUACAAAGGCAAGCAGGAUGAGAUGGAGAAGUGGAAGGUACGUUAUAUGCCCGCCCCUGUCUAGAUGUGUGAGCGUGGGAAUACACUUCCUUUUUCUCACAACGCUCUCCGUUUCUAUAGGAAUCAAGAGUGUUUCGCUGAUUUCAGAAACAGAAGAAGAAUAAUGUUCAGGUUGUCCAGCAGCCGCAGUAAGAUAUGGCCUUUGGAACUGGCGGGACUUGCAACGAGUCAACACACGAAUAGUGGAGCUGCAAACUGCCAACGUCAUCGGAAUUCCAAUCUCGAGCGUUUGCAGCUCUGGUGGGAGUGCGGUAGGCUGAGGAGCCGGAUAUGACUGCCCUCGUACAGCUGAGGAAGAGGGGAACGUUGAAGUGGGCAACCUCGUGAUCAUGAUGUGAUU